AUUGGUUGGCUAUUCGACGUGACGUCACGUCUUGUACGUGUUGGUGCGUAGCUUUUUCCGGAGGUCCAACAUACACAUCAGCUGAAGAAGAUGUUGGUCCUGGUGCUAGGCGAUCUGCACAUUCCUCACCGGUGCAACACACUACCGGCCAAGUUCAAGAAGCUCCUGGUACCGGGGAAGAUCCAGCAUAUCCUGUGCACGGGGAACCUGUGCACCAAGGAGAGCUACGACUACCUAAAAACACUGGCAGGAGACGUCCACAUCGUCAGAGGAGACUUUGAUGAGAACCUGAACUACCCGGAGCAGAAGGUGGUGACGGUGGGCCAGUUCAAGAUCGGCCUGAUCCACGGGCACCAGGUGAUCCCCUGGGGGGACAUGGCCAGCCUGGCCCUGCUGCAGCGGCAGCUGGAUGUCGACAUCCUCAUCUCCGGACACACACACAAGUUCGAGGCCUUCGAGAACGAGAACAAGUUUUACAUCAACCCCGGGUCAGCCACGGGGGCCUACAAUGCACUGGAAACCAACAUUAUACCGUCGUUCGUCCUGAUGGACAUCCAGGCGUCCACGGUCGUCACGUACGUCUAUCAGCUCAUCGGUGACGAUGUCAAAGUGGAGAGGAUCGAGUAUAAGAAGUCGUAAGGGUCGCGGGGAUGGUGGCUGGCCGAUGGCCGUGAGAUGACGGCAGCAGAAGAGGGCAGUAUCUGAUGACCUUCAGCAUCUGAUGACCUUCAGCCAUGAGGGAGGAGGUCGUCAAGAGGUGCCCAGCCCGCAUCCCUGAUGCUCGUCUGUCCAUUCCUUUCUUAUCUGCAGCUCCAUGACAACAACCUCCACACCAACGUCAGAGGGGAACACUAAGAAGCUGGUUCAGGAGUACACCAGGUUCAAUUAAAGAGGUGAAUCAUCUAAUAGAAGAGCCUGGAGUCAUCAUUUUCCUCUGGAGUAAACCAGGCUAAGUUAAGAGGUAAAUCAUCUAAUAGAAGAGCCUGGAGUCAUCAUUUUCAUAAGAACUCACAGGAGUCCAGGCUCCUCUAUUAGAUGAUUUACCUCCUAACAUAACCAGGUUUACUGCUGAACCAGCUUCUUGGUAUACCCCUCUGCUCUGUACCAUACACAUUCACCAUUUGGUUAAAAAAGAAAAGAAAAAGAAAAUGUAAUAUACUUGUUUAUAUAUGUGGAAGUUGACAGAAUUCGCUUGCAAUUUUAUCUUGCCAUCUGGCGGCUGUAGAAGAAAAUAAUGCAAUGUUGUCAAAGUUAAUUGCAUUUAUGAUGUCUCUCCAAGGACGUACUGUGGUGCCACUUUUUUGUAUUUGUUUUAUGUACACGUCACUUAAUUUCUUUGUCCUGCAAAUAACUUUGGGCUUUCAAAUUGAGUUUAGGCCUUCUUAACGUUCACAACCCCCCCCUGUUUGUAAAAUCAUGCGCUCACUAAUAAAUUUACAGAUGCUAGUGAA